AUGCGGGCAUGUGAAGAGCUGGUUGCAGAGAUGUCGAAUGAGGAUGUGUUACAGAUAUUGAAUGCCAGUACAACGGCCACAGCCCGCGACUUCACCGACGGCGCCUCCGCCGCUCGCGACUACAGCGCAGGCGCAUGUGGCUGCGCCGCUGCCGGUGCGACCUGCUGCGCCGAGCGGGCGCCUCUCACCGCCACCACAGCCCCCUUCCGGCAGCCGCCGCCGCCGCCGCCACCGGGUUCCUCUGCGGUGCCGGAGACGAUGGAAGCUGAGGCUGCCGUCACGCCGCCGCCACCGUCGCCGUCGCCCAUGGAGGUCGUUGCUCAGCCUCCUCAUCCGAGUAUACUCACUGGUGGUUUGAUCGACAACAACGACGACGACGACGACGACGACAGCUACUACUACUACUACCAACGACUGUGCCGCUAA